AUGUGGCCGGCCACGCUUCGGCGCCCUGCGCAGCGCUGCGCAGCGCCGCGAGGCAUGCGAGCCGCGCGAGGCGCUGCAGGCGAGUCCGACCUCGUCUCCCACGACGGGCGCCAGCUGCGCUUUGGCUACCGACCGCUGCAGCGGUGGGAGCGCUGCGCCACAUUGAUGGCCAGUUUUGCGCUGCUGGGUUUGCUGGCGCGCGCCCGGCAAAGCCCCUGGCAGCGUGCGGCCCGAGUGCUGAGUAGCGGGCGAAGCCAUUGGCUUGUUUGGAGUUUGAGCGCCUUGUGGAUUGUGGGCUCCGAUGAAGCAUCAACACCCUUGGAUUGUGAUGACAAGAUCGAUGUCGCUUCGCUUGGCUGA